CUAUAGCACCGACUGCACCAUCCCUCACUUUCCUUCGCACACGCCACACUUCCUCCUCCGUGCCAUCGUAACCGCCUGUAAUCAUGGCUGCGCAGAUUUCCAAGAAGAAGAAGUUCGUCGCGGACGGCGUACUCUACGCCGAGCUCAAUGAGCUCCUUACGCGCGAACUUGCCGAGGAGGGUUACUCCGGCGUUGAAGUGCGUGUCACCCCUUCCAAGACCGAGGUCGUCAUCCGUGCCACACGUACCCAAGCCGUCCUAGGCGAGAAGGGCCGCCGUAUUCGCGAGCUCACGGCCGUCGUCCAAAAGAGGUUUGCCUACCCGGAAAACUCGGUCGAGUUGUUUGUCGAGAAGGUCGCCAACCGUGGCCUGUGCGCUAUUGCCCAGGCAGAGAGCUUGCGCUACAAGCUCGUGGGAGGACUUGCGGUUAGGAGGGCGUGCUAUGGUGUGCUUCGAUUUGUGAUGGAGAAUGGCGCGAAGGGUUGCUCCGUGUCCGUGUCCGGAAAGCUGCGCGCGCAGCGUGCCAAGACGAUGAAGUUCAGCGACGGCUACAUGAUUUCGUCUGGAAACCCCGUUAAGCAAUAUGUAGAUACCGCUUACCGCCACGUCCUUUUGCGCCAGGGGGUCCUCGGCAUCAAGGUCAUGAUCAUGCUUCCGCACGAUCCCACAGGAAAGACUGGGCCGCAACAGCCAUUGCCAGAUACCAUUACGGUUCACGAGCCAAAGGAGGAGUAUGUCCCGCCUCCGCCCCCAGUCGCCCCAGUACCGGUCAUGUAAAGGUUGUUUUUGGGUCGGUUGAGUACUAGAUGUUGUCAGCAUUGUCAGGAUGCGAAUGUUUUACUGAGCUUCUCACUACUUUUCCGGCAGCUUCGUGCCCUGCGUUCAAAAGUUUCGAUUACCAUUCUUAUGCGUAGACUGGAUUGCUCUGUUGUGGCAACUUCACUAUGCUUGCCUAUGGCACUCUAGAGCACAUGCACCCUUCGACGUGAGUGUUGGAACUCGUCUGUUUUUCCACCAGGGGAUCUACAAAAAUUCGAUCUCCCCAACUUCAAGUAUCACCGGAGGAACUGACGGUUUCCCGUGAUGCGUCAAUAGAAAUAUUACUUGCUCAGAGCGGAGAUAAACCACCAGUCUGAUUCGUCACU